AUGUUCAAAGGCCGCGGAAUGGUGGAGCUCAUUGAAUGCCCAUCGCUUCCUGCAUUCCGAAUAGGAACACCCCGAGUGGAAGGCGGAGCCGAGACGGUGCGAAGACGAGGAUUGUUGGAGGAGCUGGGCCUUGACUGGGACUGCUGGCGAGACCCGACCGUUGCCGCCCUCGGACCCACACGCCCGCCGUCCACCUCCUUCGGACUUUUGCCGAAGCGCCUAACACCAAGAGAUCUUUACAGCGAUGAUGUCGUGCUGCUGAACUUAUAUGUGAAAGCAGAUUAUGGUUGUCCAAAAAAUCUGACUCAAAGUGACAGGACAAGGAACGUCUUCCUCGAUUUCCAUAAUGAAAUACGUCGGCAGUUGUCAACUGGAACACUACGAAGCAAGUAUAGAUAUCUCGGACCAGCUAAAAACAUGUACAAAUUGAAAUGGGAUUGUGCUCUGGAAGAUCUUGCACAAACAUCAGAUCAAAACGUGCACAUUCACAGUCGGACCCGGCUCAUGUCUCCUAACAAUGUCUGUAAACACUGCCAGGUGCGCAUCAAGAUUUGUUUUUAUACCCUCUCAAAAAUGACAAUAAUAACUGAUAUAAUCAGCGUGAGGUAUCGAGGUGGUGAUGUGACUGUUGCCCUGGAUCAAGUUCAGAGGACUUGGGUGAACCCGAUUUUACGAUACGGAAUGACUGGGAAUCGGUUCUACUAUAAGAUUGAAUCGUUUGGAAACAUGGUGAACUACAAAAAUCUGAGAGUUGGAUGUGCUUACCAGAUCUGCCGCUCUAAUCUGCUUGUAUCCUGCGUUUAUGGUACCAAAAGAAUACCACCGAUGCAAGAAUUGUGGGAGCCAGGAAGGACGUGCUUGUGCACUAUGUAUCCCCAAUCAUUUUGCUCGAAUGGUAUUUGUGAUACUAACCAGCCGGUGGAAUCCGAAAUCAAAACAACCACUAAGAGGCCACGAGUAGACGGACCAGAUUCAUGCAAUGCCAAUACCGGAAUGACAGAUGACCUCAGAGAGAUUUUCCUCAAAAAACAUAACUACUACAGGUUAGCUGUGGUCGUGACGGAUGUGUAUGACUGUGAAGUUGAAGCAAGCGCAAUGAGGCAUGCCGAGAAAUGCAGAUGGGGACACUCCAACAAAGCCGACAGAUUCGGUCUUGGUGAGAAUGUAUGGGCGAGCCUUCAACCGGAAAUGAAUAGGUCACUUGCAGCGGAAAUG